AUGCGGACAUUUGCUGCACCACUUUACGUGACUCCAUCUUCGGAGACCAGCGGAGUAAGUCUUAAUUUCCUCACUGAUGAGGAAUUGGACAUCCUCGUCAACGAGCCGACCAAGUGCCUCAUCAAAGGAGACUCGGCAGAUAAGAAUAUGAAGCUGAUGAAGGAGAAGGUGAGGAGCGUCGCGACGAGGUGGUUCGCGCGGAGACCCAUCAUCGAGUCGGAGCGGAUGCUCGUCGUUGGCCCCUCGAAAGACGUCGUGGACCAGCUGAGUGAGGCGAUGCCGGAGUGGAUCGUGAGGUCUGCGGUGGCAGCCUAUUCCACUCGGACCAGUAAAUCGGAAGAAUUAAAGUAUGAGAGGGUCCGGGGCUUGAUUAAUGCAAAUUUGACUUUCUGCACGCUCAACCCUGAGGACAUCACAAAUGAGACGAUGACCUUGAUUGCAGAUACUAUCGCUGCCAGAAAGUCCAUGGUGGCUGGGAACUCCAAGCAAUCUGAAGAGAAAGCUGGCGAUGGUUCAGAAGUUAAGGAACUCCCAGAUAACUUGAAGGAAACACAACAUACUGAUGCAGACGGAAUGAGUGAAGAGACGGAGACAAAGCUGUUAGAACUGUCAAUGCUCCUGAGAUACACGGAGUCAAUUUUUCUUCCCGACCAAGAGAAAGGUAGGGAAGAGAGACUUCCAGCAGAAAGUAACGACAAUGAUCUUGAAGCAGAAGCUCUCGUAAGCGAAAUGUCCAAGGAAAAGGAUGUACGUUCCAGCUGCAAAAAGCCCUCCGUCCAUGAAGACGGCAACGGAGGAGCCACGGCCCUAAAAAUAAGUUUAAAAAAUGAGCGAUCUGCAGAGGCAUCGAUGCCUUCUGCAGAGAUGGAAGUGAUUCAACCGCUGAGGUGCCUCACGAAUGGAAUAGGUCUUGCAAGCUUGUUGGAAAUGCUCUCCCUUACGAGUCAAGAAAAGAGCAUCAGUGAGAAUGAGGACACUAAAGAAGAGGUCCGGAAGCUACACAUACCUCAGCUGCAAGCAUUCCAAGAGAGUAAAAAGAAAUUUGAUCAUGUAUUUGUGAUUGGGAUCCAAGAACUCUAUCAGAAUUUCUACACCCUCUGGUUUCAUGACCUCUGUGCCCUUCACCUCGGUCAUGCCAAAGGACAUUUUUGGUUAUUCAGCACGGAAGACGCGCUCCCUGGCAAUCUGAAUGAAGAAUUCAAUUCAUAUCCAGUGAAAGGAUAUCUCUAUUGUAAUGAUUGCCCAAUAAAUGUUCGCAUGAAGCGGACUGUCGCGUCGAGCUUCUGCACGGCGCGGAUUCGUUUACAUAACUCAAAUGCUGAUCCUUCGGACGCGGAAGCUCAACUCGAACUCAUCUUGUCAGUUGUGAGCAGGACUAGGAGAAAUGAACCAGCUGAGGAAUGGACGUGGCUCUAUCAAGCGCAGGAAUUCAUCAAGCGAACAUAUCCCGAUUGGGGGACGGAACACCCAACUCGCCUCGUCCCGCCAGUGAGGGAUUUCAAGGAAUGGAUUGACUCUUCGAAGGAUGAUGGUGAGAAAGCCGAGAGGACCCUGAUGCAUCGCCUGUAUGAGAUGGGGCGAAAACUGAAGAUACCAAUGUUCAUCACAUUUAACCGUGACUUUUCCCAUACUAUGAAGAAAAAGGACGUUGGGGGAGGCCUUGAGAGGACGCUGGAAAUAGGAGAACAAGAUUUAGUUCUUAUACAUCGCGAUUUUGGGGUUAUCUUCAUAGAAGUGAAAAACCUACAAACCAAGAGCACGGGGAAAGCACUCGCCAAUACUGUGAGAAGGAACAUCAAAUUAGCCAAAGAGCAGCUGGAAAAGGAUGUCAAUAGUCUGGAAGCUGCCAUGAGAGAAUGUGGAGUGGAGGACAUACACGUGUCCCUCCCUAUAGUAGCACUCACAAAUGUGAAAAGAACUGACAUAGGAAUAUCAUCUGCUGAAACCAACAUAUUCAUAUGCGAGGAAGACUGCCAGUCAGUAGCGACCAUGGAGCGAUGGUGGCAGGAAGACAUUCUCCAAUCUCGUCAUCUCCAAAGCCUCUCUACUACCGCUGAAGUGUACCUGCAACUACUUGCUAUAUACAUCGCACCAGUCUAUGUCACCCCUGCUUACACAGCCCGAGCGAAAACACAGACGCUGAAUUUCCUAACAGAAGACAAGUUGGACAUAUUAAUUAACGGGCCGAAAAAGUUUGUGUUCAAAGGAGCAGCUGGGACCGGGAAGACCUGGCUACUCCAGGAAAAGAUCCGGAACAUCGUCAUGUCUUGGUUCUCACUAGGACCCAUCGAAGACCGAGAUGAGAAAAUCCUUCUCGUAUGUGCGCAUCUUCUGCUGACGGAACACUUGGAGAAGACUCUUCCUGACCUUCUCUUCACGUCCGUCAUGGCCACGCUCAGCAAGUGGAUCGACGAAACAGAAGUAGAAAGAGAGAAGGUGCGAAAGAUUCUGCAGAAAAAUAUUAUUAUAUGUUCCUUGGGGAUUCCAGAGUCACGACUAGGGGUUCGUCAUUGGGAGGAGGAUGACGCACAAGACGACCAAGUAUCCAGAGUCCACGAGGUAAUAGAGAAUGAUAAACUCUCGGUAGCGACUUUGACCUCAAGGAUGAAGUAUGCAAGUUGGGAAAUACUCCUGUACUAUAACUUGCUCAAAAUCUCUGUGGCCACCCUCCAAUCGGAAGAGAGAGGGAGAUGGCCACAGGUUGUUCAAAUCAUACACGGAUACUUCCAGUCCUUCACUCCGUCCAUUCUGGCCUUGCGUGCAUUGGCCAAAGGCACCAGAAUGAUGUAUAUUCAGGAAACGAAAAACCUGCACGCGCAUAUCGGUGAAAACCCCGCCAUUAAGUAUUCACUGAGGGGAAUCAUGGGAAGGCUGGGGGAAUUCUCUGCCCGAGUGGUUGAACUCCCUGCAAUCACUCAACAAGCCUUCCUAAAGGAUCUGGAAAAUAUUCUAAAAAAUCGAGAGCCGCCUUUCCACCACAUAUUCGUGGACGAAGCCGAAGACUUGUGCACUUUUUACGAUCAAUACGGCUCGAUUGUACUUCGUUCACUCCUCAAAGGAGGUAAUGGAUACUUCUGGCAGGCUUAUGACCCGUUUCACAUGGCGAUGCCUCCUAAUGCCGUAAAAUCUGAUUUGGAAUCGGCUCAUCCUUUGUAUGAGGUUAUGAGGAACCCAGAAUCCGUCUUUGAGAAAUGGACUGGAGAAAACCUGUCACAACGGAGAGACAUAUCCACCCUCUUCAACUACGAAGACCCAACAUACAAAAAGAAAGAAGUCCGACUGGGCCACAAGGUACGUGGCCCCAACGUGGAACUCUUUCCCGACAUCCCCACCUCUCGUCUAACCGAAACGAUACAGGGAGUCAUAGGAGACAAUUACGGCGUUGGGUGCAAGGUCGGGGACAUCGCCAUCCUCAUCACCGACGAAGCGGAUAUCCUCGUCCAUGCAGACCGACUGAGGAAGGAAAUGGAAGAAUACCUCAAAGACUCUUCCAGCAGCGUCCUAGUCGCCAGUGCUGGAGCCGUCAAGGGUCUUGAAGCUCCCAUCGUGUUCCUCAUCACCAAUAAAAGAGCUAAAAGGAUAAGCGACUACUAUCUAGGAGCAUCGAGGUGCACAUCACGACUGCUUGAGAUCGAAUUAAUUGCCAGUGAAGAAGAGGACGAAGCAGCAGUAAGAGCAAUAUUCGAGUCCCCACAAAAUACUUUGCCUGAUGCUGCCCCUCAGGAAGCGAAAGACGAAGUUGAAAGAAUAUUGCGGAUUGCAUUUAUGGGUGAUAAGCUUAUGGAAGGGGAAACCGAAACUAACGACGUCUGCGACCGGGUGCCGAGCGGCUGCGUCCCGGGACUGCUGCUGUGCGGCGACGAGGACGCCACGCCGACUUGCGUCCAUCAGGGGACGCCCGACGUCAAGGUCGGGAAUUCCUCGUGGGUCGGCGAGGGGUGUCGCUUAUUCGUUGUCGGGAUUCCCUGCCUGGAAAAAGUGUUCGCGAAAUUGGACCUGGACGAAUUCGCGAAAUCACAGAUCUUCGUUGCCGAAUCCUACCAACUGAUUGAAUCAGAAUUAUCCACUCGGCUUUUCCAAUCUGAAAUCAAGGCUUUUCAAGGUGAAGAGUACAUCGUCGCCAUCUUGCCUUAUAUGCCUUAUGUCAUCUUCGAUUUCGAAGUGGAAGAUGGUUCCUACUACAUGAAAAAUGUCACUCGAGAGGGAUUCGAGACCAAAAUCCUGUCUGCCGCAUCGUUGAAGAUGAACUUCACGUAUCGAUUGAUGACCGCCCCGGAGAAUAUAUGGGGACUGCACUGGGACGAGACGGAACAGCCGACUGGCAUCAUCGCGACGCUGUUGGACGGCCGCGCCCACAUCGCCAUGUCGGGCCUUCUCCAGACCCUGGAGUUGGAGGAACACGUGGAUUUCUCCUAUCCAGUUAGAUCCGACUGUCUGAGUAUAUUGACCCGACCCACCCCCACGAUUCCAUUGUGGAAGUCCGUUUUCAAGCCCUUGGAGCCGCAGGUGUGGGGUCUCGUCUUCCUCUGCGGGAUCCUUUCCGGCCUCAUCCUCUGCCACCUCGAUAACGCUUGGCUUCGGCUCCGGGGAUGGCAACGGCGGAAACGCCUCGACCAGACUUAA